AUGGGACUGAAGCUCCCUGCCCCCGACAAGCACCCCAUGCAGCACAAACAUAGCAUCUGUUUUCUAAGUUUCCAGAAAGCAACAGCGUGCCAGCCUCCACGAAAGGACAGCACUGUGACGCUGAGCAAGUUCCUGGGCCGUCGCUACCGCGAGCUGGCCAAAAUCUGGAUUCCCACGGCGGGCGUGUGGGGCGCCACGGGCGCCGUGGGACUGGUGUGGGCCACCGGCUGGCAGCUGAUUCUGGACUGGGUGCCCUACAACAACGGCAAGUUUAAGAAGGACAAUUAA